AUGAGCAGCCAAAACAUGAACAAGAAGUCAUGGGAGUCUCUGUCGUCGACAUUCUCUCAGCUGGAAAUCUCAAUCUCCCAUGACAGCUGCUAUGCCUCCGAUGAAUUUUCUGACCCUCCAAAACCUACAACUGUUUCUACCACUCUUGAUGCUUCAUCGCUAGUGCCUGCGGUUGCGACGCCUCUUCAGUCGACCUUGAAGCCUAUCCUGAAAAGAUCAUACUCAGAAGUUGAAGACGACGAAGAGCGCGAGUCUGGCUAUGCAUCAGCGGAAUCUGACUACGAGUAUGACAGCUUUGACGAGUCGGACGAUGAUAUGUGUGAAAUUUCAGAGUGGGAUGAAGCUUCAGACAUAAUGUCUCAAUCAGAUGGGGACAAUGACGAUGUUGCGUCUCUGGAUGGUUCGUUCAUCAUUGAAUUCGGAUCUCAUGUCCAGUUCGAUGCGAACAUAUGCUAUAUCGAAGCACCAGAGCUUGAAGACGAUGACGAAAGCCCUGAGGCUGGGCUAACUUGCCAUGAACUGUUUGAGUUGGCCCGAGCAUCUGGUAGCCUGCGACUACAAGAAGGGGAAGGUCCUGGAGACCAACUCAACGAGUGCGAAGACGAGGACAGCAUGAUCCUAGAAGCACUGAAGCAGCUCCCGGAAGAGCAUCCCGAUGAUGUUGUUGAUCUGGACAAAAGUCUUUUCGUCGCCUACAUGAAUGGCAUCAAUGGGCUGAACGACCCUCAAUACAAAUCUCGUCUUCGCCAUCGCGUAGACGAAAUCAAGUCAGGCCGUGCGCAUACGCCAUAUCUCGACGAAGAUGGCACCACUGGUACAUGCAUCGAUAACGCGCUCAACCACGUUAUCGGCGUCUUUCACAACAUCGUCGCCGAGGAGGAAUUCAACGAGCUUGUUGACCUCAGCCACGUCAAAGGCAGUUGCACAGGCCCCAGUGGGUGCAUCAACCAGAAGCUCUUAUGCAAGCUUGAGAAUAUCCUCUCCGAAAGACUGGUCUCAGAUGCCGUCCGCAUCGGGCCUGACGAGUUGAGUUUCUUCACCACUGGUCUUGCAUACGCUCUAGACCACUGGAAUGGUUACAUGACGGGAUGA